GUGACGCUCAAUGCAAAGGUUACACUAACAGGCUACUUCAAGACGCACUGCAGAGGUGUAGGGAGUAGCUUGAUGAGUGUCCAAAGUAACAGUGGAAGUGGUGGAAGUUUGGAGGGGACGCCAUCUUGGUCCCAGCUCUCCGCGUCCCCAACACCGGGCUUGAUUUCUCAGCAACAUAUCACGGUACCGGUGAAGGCCAAGGAAGGAGCGAUGGAGGAGCUGCACAGCCUGGACCCCAGGAGGCAGGAGCUGCUGGAGGCGCGCUUCAUGGGGGGGGUCAGCGGCAGCACCGGGGGCAGCACAGGGAGUGCCAGCGGGGGCAUGAAAGGCUUGACAAACAAUGAAUGUUCAAACCACAGUUUUGGAAGCCUUGGUUCCUCGAGUGACAAGGAGUCCGAGGGUUCCGACGUGAAGAGGGGCAGCUCUCCAGCUUACUCGACCCCUGAAAAGAAGCACUCUGAGUCCUCGAGAGGAAGAAAGAGGAAAGCUGAGAACCAGUCAGAGAGCAGCCAAGGGAAGUCCGUCGUACGAGGACCCAAAAUUAGCGAUUACUUUGACUUUCAGGGUGGGAAUGGGUCCAGUCCGGUGAGAGGUCUCCCCCACGUCAUCCGCUCUCCCCAGAACUCACAUUCCCAUUCCGCUCCGGGCUCCACUAUUAGACAAAAUAGCUCAUCUCCGACUAGUCUGUCUUUCGGGGACCAUAUGAUGCAUCCAAAACAGUUAUCAAUCAAAUGUGUCCAGACUGACCUUACUGUGAUAAAGCUGGCCGCCCUUGAAAGUAAUAAGAACCUGGACCUGGAGAAGAAAGAGGGGAGGAUAGACGAUCUGCUUCGGGCCAACUGUGAUCUCAGGAGACAAAUAGAUGAACAACAGAAAUUACUUGAAAAGUACAAAGAACGCUUAAAUAAAUGUAUCACCAUGAGCAAGAAGUUGCUCAUUGAAAAGAGCACGCAGGAGAAGCAGGCGUGCCGGGAGAAGAGCAUGCAGGACCGGCUGCGGCUCGGCCACUUCACCUCGGUGCGGCACGGCGCCUCCUUCACCGAGCAGUGGACCGACGGAUUCGCCUUCCAGAACCUCGUCAAACAGCAAGAGUGGAUUAACCAGCAGAGGGAGGAGAUUGAGAGGCAAAGAAAACUCCUGGCCAAGAGGAAACCUCCAACGACGAACACCUCCCAAGCGCCCACCACCAACUCUGAGCCAAAGCAGCGCAAAACCAAGGCGGUGAAUGGGGCGGACAACGACCCCUUUCUCAAACCCAGCCUACCUCAGCUGUUGACUCUAGCUGAGUACCAUGAGCAGGAGGAGAUAUUUAAACUGCGACUCGGGCACCUUAAGAAGGAAGAAGCUGAAAUCCAGGCGGAGCUGGAGCGUCUGGAGAGAGUGCGGAACCUUCACAUCCGGGAGCUGAAGAGGAUAAAUAACGAGGACAGCUCUCAGUUCAAAGAUCACCCCACUUUGAACGAGCGGUAUCUACUGUUGCAUCUUCUGGGUAGAGGAGGCUUCAGCGAAGUGUAUAAGGCAUUUGACCUGUUUGAACAGCGCUACGCUGCAGUGAAAAUCCAUCAGCUCAACAAAAACUGGAGGGAGGAGAAGAAAGAGAACUACCACAAACACGCCUGUCGGGAGUACAGAAUACAUAAGCAGCUGGACCACCCCAGAAUAGUGAAGCUCUACGACUACUUCUCAUUGGACACGGACACGUUUUGUACAGUGUUGGAAUACUGUGAAGGCAACGACUUGGACUUCUACUUGAAACAGCACAAGCUGAUGUCUGAGAAGGAGGCGCGCUCCAUCGUCAUGCAGAUAGUGAAUGCACUGCGAUACCUGAACGAAAUCAAGCCCCCCAUCAUCCACUACGACCUCAAGCCAGGCAACAUCCUGCUGGUGGAUGGCACGGCCUGCGGGGAAAUCAAAAUCACAGACUUCGGCCUGUCCAAAAUCAUGGACGACGACAACUAUGGCGUGGACGGGAUGGACCUCACGUCGCAAGGAGCGGGGACCUACUGGUAUUUGCCUCCUGAAUGUUUCGUAGUUGGGAAAGAACCUCCCAAGAUCUCGAAUAAGGUGGACGUUUGGUCGGUGGGGGUCAUCUUUUUCCAGUGUCUCUACGGGAGGAAGCCUUUUGGUCACAACCAAUCCCAGCAGGACAUUCUUCAGGAGAACACAAUACUGAAAGCCACGGAAGUCCAGUUUCCCGUCAAGCCCGUCGCCAGUAACGAAGCAAAGGCCUUUAUACGCCGCUGUCUGGCGUACCGAAAGGAGGACCGUUUCGACGUGCACCAGCUGGGCAGCGACUCCUACCUGCUUCCUCACAUGAGGAGGUCCAACUCCUCAGGGAACCUGCAGAUGGGGGGUUCCGGUGGCUCGGCCCCCCCCCUCAUCCAGCAUCAUCUCCUACUGAGCGCCUGCACUGAUUGACCGACCGACCGACUGACCGCCCCCCCACCCCACCCCCUGAUCGCCCGCUCCGCUCCUUCCAGCGGCAGGCAGGAGGGGAGGGGGCCAAGUGCCACCCAAUCGGUGUGUGAAACGACUGGUCCGGGCUGCCGUAGCGUUCUCCGUGGCGGAACCGGGAUUUAUUCUGCGCUCGGACCGCACCGGGCCAGACACUGGCGUUUGAAAAAGCGCAAACUGAUAUUUAAAAAGAAACACACACAAACACACACACACACACACACACACGUGCGCGCGAAAGCCUUUCAAAGGUUAUACAGAAUUAUAGAGCACUGCAACAAAAUUAGCUUGAAAAGGCGACUCUGAAAACGAGGAGUCCUCCCCGUUGGUUGGAUGACUGGGGAGGCUAAAGGGAGACAUAGCGGCCUGCUGUUUAGAGUAAAUUAACUUGGUGCCUGCCUGGAAGCUGAGCCGUGGGACUGCAGCGAGUUUACGCAAGGACCUGACACUCUUCACCCAUCUACAGCGGUCUCACUCUCAGACGAGGAGUGACGCUCCCACAGAGAAUGCCAUUUGCUUUGGUAUGUAUGUGCACAUAUGUAUAAAGUAUGUGGAUACAAAUAUAAUGUUUUUUUUUCCAGUAAUGGGAGAGCAAUGGGUGCGUAAAGGUGAGGUCUGUCAUGAUUUUGGCCCAGGCAGCAUCAUAGUCGAAUGCACAACGUAACCAAAUGUAGACAAGCUGCAAUGUAUAGAAUCCUAUGCAGGAAGAUUUUUAAAAAAAUCCCUCUU